AAACCAUAGCCUCGCACUUGUGAGAGUUGCAGAGUUAGGCUCUGGUUGUUAGAUGGUCAGUGGUUAAAAGUUCAUCAUUUCCUAAAAUUACUUAGUGUUGAGUUGAUAGAAAGGUGGUCACAGCUAUGUUGUCCACCCUGAGGAAGCUCUUCUGCUUUAAGAAGGAGCCGAAAACCCCCUUGGGGUUUUGUGACGGCCCAAGCAGGGCAACGGGAUACUUGUCCUGCUUUCACUGUGGAACUGAAGACAGGUACUGCCAGCCUUAUGACCCUGAAAACCAAUUUCAUGAGGCAGUAUGCAUGGGAAAGCUCAAAGUGGUGGUGCGUCUCCUCAGGAAGAACCAAUUUCAUGUGAAUGAUGAGGAUGAAGGGAAACGAACUGCGCUCCACUUUGCGUGUUUCUACGGCCAUAUCAAUCUGGUUCAUUUACUGUUAUUUAAGGACUGUAAGAUAAAUGCCCUUGACAAUCAAAUGUCCACACCACUAAUGAAGGCUGUACAAAGCUGGGAGACAGAGAUCGUGUCUGUCCUACUUGAUCAUGGAGCAGAUCCCAAUAUUAAAGACUGCAAUGGAGAAGCAGCAAUCCACCAUGCAGUGUAUGUAGACAGGCCAGAUAUUGCCAGCAGUCUUCUUGAAUUUGGGGGAAACAUUGAAGAUACUACAAAGGAUGGGUUGACCUCUCUGCUGCUAGCACUCCGAGAAAGGAAACCCCGCAUGGCAGCAUACCUAAUCACACACGGUGCGAAUCUUCACGUAUGUGAUAAAUAUCAAAGAACAACACUCAUGUAUGCAGUUAGAUGGGAUUGUAAAAAUAUGGUUGAAAUUUUACUGAAUAAAGAUGUUGAUCACCAGUUAAAGAACACAUUUGGAUGGAGUGCUCUUUAUUAUGCCAUUGUGGGGAAACGCAAAACGUAUGUACAGAAGUUAAAACGCUAA